GGACCACCUAACGACUGACUGACAACUAGCUAUUGUCUAGAUGCUAGGUGCACAUAUGCAAGUGUAACUUAUCAAUCGACUAUUGUUUGUUUUUGUGUGUAUGAAUGUGUUCAUGCGUCUUCUAGCGGGCUAGUUCGUUUUGCUUGUUUGUUGGUUUGUGGUAUAUUGGUUGGAACUGUCUGUUCAAUCGGUGCUUGUGGCAGCCGAAAAACUGCUGUGACCGCAACAGCAGAAGUUGGAGUAGCAACAGGACAGGUCGGUCCUCAGUCGCUCACCCAUCUUCCUUAACAAACGUCGAUGCCGUUAGAACGAAGUGGGAAAGAAAAAUAAAAAACAGGACGUAUUUAACACAGCACACAUUUACAUAUUUAACAAUCUUAUAUUAUUAUCGUGUAAACGGAGCUAGCAAGAUAGGACACUAAUAGAGAUAAAAGGGUCCGCAGGUUCAGAAGCCUGUCCGGUACCGGCCAGCAUUGCACGUUGUUUGUCGAAAAGGCGCGCGCUGGGUAACAGCCAGCAAUCAAAUGGUAACAGUAAAAGUACUAGGUAAGUCAUUUACUGCCUUUCCACGUUUACGGACGGCUCUUCUCGACGGACCAGUAUCGUCUGGUCGGCACAGAGGCACAAAGACGAUAAAACAGACAGACAGCAAACGACGAUAAAACAGCCCAGCAAAAGAGGUCCAUUAAGCAUCGGCCGACCAUAGACGUCUACGGCGCAACUCCUUCGUACUCAGUGGCACACUCAUAUAGCCAUUAUCAAGUGACAGCCGACGACAUCACGCCUUCACAUCUAGCGACGUAAAGGUGCGGACACAGGAGUAAUAUAUCGGAGCAGAGCGUUAGGAUCAACUGAAACAACAGAAGGAUUACAACUGCCCAGUAGGGACUAUAGCCUAAAAAUGAACAACAGUCGAGCCUCUUUUAGGCUCGAUCGAAUUGUGCUGUCGUUAACUCGACACGGUUAUGGAAAUACUGUUAUCGGCAGCAUGGUGAUAUAAUUUUUCCAUUUCCCAAGCAACACAUGCGUACACUUUCAUCAGGACGUAUGUGGAUAGAAAUUAUUUGAUGAAUAUAAGUUUUUAACAAACACAUUUUGGACUCCGGCAGUGAUAAUAACGAUUCCAAGACGGCGGCGGCGGCAACAACAUUCAUCGUUUUAGAUAGCUAUUUAGUGUAGCCUCUAUCCUGCCAAUUAUGGUUAUGGCAGAUCGGUGAUGACCCGUCUAUGAUUAUGGAUUGACUAGCAACUCAAGAAGAAUGAUUGUCGGAUGAAAUGAUUGACCAGUAGUUGUUGCUCGCCGUCUCAGGAUUGCUCGAAAUCGAUCAAGGCACACAAACACGAUCGAAGUGGCCGAAGUACAAGUGAUAAUUGCGCGGAGGAUUUUCUAUUCAAUUGGAAGGGCCUAGUUUACUGUAAAGGACGACCGUAUCUGUGCUUUAUAAAGCUUCAUAUAAUAAUGAUGGACACAAUGGACGUGGUCACAUCGACCUUUUACGACAUGAACGACAAUGACCUCAAGGAGUUAUGGAACUCCGAUGGCUUUGACGAAUCGGGAGAGCUCGGUGGAGGAGCGGGAAGCGGUCCUGAGUGGUUGCUGCCAGGUAGUCCACUGCUAUUUCAGGACCGCAUGAUGUCAGGAUGUGACACAGUCACCGGAGAGCAUUCAUACUCCAGCCAACAAGAGGCGACUGUGGGAUCUCAGGAAUCUGAUGAUACAGUACAUCAGUUUGUGCUGCCUCAUAUCAAAAUGGAAGAAGAAGAUUUGGACUCUGAAAUAUUUUCGGCAGUUCCGGUAGCUACCGCCACGGGUCAAACGGAACUUCGGCCAAUGGAAAUUAAAGAAGAGGGUCCUAGAAUAACUUCGCCGGCCUCGGAAUCGCAGAUGCCCACAGCUGCGCCAAUUGGUCGGAUAAUGAGCGCCUCCGCCGUCAAACGGAAGGCUCCGGCGCGCUCAUCAACGUUGUCACUUCAGUCAGUUGGAAGCAAACCCAGUAAUAGCACAGGCUUGGAUAGCCCUGUUCGGGGAGUUGUCACUCAGAAUGGCCUGGGAAUUCAUCACAGCUGUUCGUCGACGUCUAUCUUAGAGGCAGUCACAUCGAUCACUUGCCCCGGACCAGUUCCGACGCCGUCAUCAUGUCCACCUUCGGGACCUUCGACAAUGGCUUCCCUUAGGGUGAAGUUGGAACCAGGCCUCAAUUGUCUUCCGCCCUCACCACCGUCGUCCGUUUCGAACGACUCCGAAAGCGAUGAAAGCCUUUACCCGCAUGCAACCCCAGAGGGCGUCAUUGGCGGUAACCAUAGCCAACACGUAACGGCUUCACAGAAAUGCAAGAAAUCACCGCCUUCGAAUGCAAUUUCAGCUCAACUAACAUCACAGUUACUUUCAAGUCAAAUGGCCGGAUCACGAUCGGGUGCAUUACUGCUAACCGAAGAAGAAAAGCGGACGUUAAUCGCUGAGGGUUACCCUGUUCCCACACGUCUUCCACUAUCAAAAGCUGAGGAGCGAUCGUUAAAGAAGAUCCGCCGAAAGAUCAAAAAUAAGAUUUCAGCGCAGGAGAGUCGCCGCAAGAAAAAGGAAUACAUGGACGCCUUAGAGAAGAGAGUGGAAAUCCUGACGGCACAGCAGCGGGAAAUGCGAUCGCGCUACGAGCGACUUGAACAAACCAAUCGGGAACUCGUUGAACAAUUGAGAGUUCUGCAAUCGACUUUGGAUGAAGGGGUUGCAACAGAGGAGAACGUCGAAGAGAUCAUAAACAUCACCGAUAUUCCGUCUGAAGAUGUAUCAUGUUAAGACUGUCCAGAUGUAUCUAGCUAACACAAAAAGGUUCCUGCAACCUUUAGAAGUGAAGUAAAUAAGAGGUUGUGCCUUCACCGUCAUCCUGUCCGUAGCCUUUAGUCAACAGAGGAAUUACCAAUGAUCGGAGGACUCGUCCAGUAGCGUUAAAUCCCCAAUGGCGCCGAAACAUCUCGAGAUUGGCACGCUCAACUAAUCUCUAUGUGAUACGGCCAGUAUCACAUUGUUUUUUCCUUUGAGAACCAUAACAACUGAGCAUGCGCGAAACGCAGUUGACGCGCUUCUACGCCGCUCCGAUAACCGUUGGCAAAAAAGCUCUUCGCCGUCAAGUAACCUGUGCCUUAUCGUCUUUGCAAUGACCAUUUGAUGAUGGAAGCUGUCAGAAAACCGCAAGCGGACCAUUUUACGUAUUCGGCUAUUUAAACCCUCAUCAAACAAUCAUCGUUAUAAUUUAGCAAUGAACGAGCGGCAUUCGUUAUUCAGCCCACGUGGGAAAAAUAUACCACCACUAAUCUAACAUAACAUACUUAUGUAGAAUCUAAAAUAUUUAUAAAGUCUUAUAGCGUUCUAAUCAGCUA